UUGAAUGCAUCAGUAGACGUUAGAAGGUGGAGGUUGCGUCUGGCCGUAAGGUAGCGGUCCAGCUAGCCUUACAUUUAACUAUGCCUGGGAAAUGUAAGUUCCAGGACUCCUGGCUCUCAAAGGGAAUUUACAAGGAAUGGCUGCUGAAGGACGUCCAGGACAUUCACUUCGCACGAUGCAGGGCCUGUUGUAAAUCCAUCAAACUUCAGACCAUGGGCGAGGCUGCGCUCACCAGCCACGCAGGGGGAGCUGGCCACAAAGCAGCGGUCCGCAAGCUAGUGGAAGCAGGAAACUUGAUGGUAAAUUCAGCUGGGCAGAUAAACGGCAGCGUGACUCAGACUGAAGACAGCAAGGAGCAAGUGUCCAUCUGCCUCCAGCGGGAGACCUUGGACCGAAUAACAGGCGGCGACUGGUCGGAGCUGCGCCACAGCCCCACAGCAAACUCCACCUCCCACAAUGCAGAGCUGCAGGAUGUGACAUUUCCUGCCGCCUUCUUCGCAGCGCCAGCAGUAGAUUUGGGACACCUGAUGAUCUACUGCAACUCCGACCUCACAGGCACCUCCAGGCCCACCGGCCAGCGCCUCCACCCAUCAGCCAGCGAGCCGGAGGAGGCGAGCCGCCGCACGACGCAGCACGACUCCGUCGACCUGUCGAGGCUGGAGCAGCAGCAGCAGAUGAAGAUCCUGGAGUGGGAGAACAGGAUGAAGUUGCUGGCGUGGGAGCAGGAGCUGGUGAAGGAGAAGAGGAGAGCGGCCCGGCAGAAGGAGAGGGCCUUCAGGAUGAAGAGGGCUUACUACAAAGCCAAGCUAAAGAGGAUGGGCGAGGACGUGCCGCCCUUGUCCUCCAGCAGCGAUGAUGAGGAGAAAAUAUCUGAUCCGACAGGAUGAACUGCUUUUAACAGUUGCAUUUUUAUUAGUGCGUGUUUGAUUCUUGUUUUGUGUAUACGCUACAGGACUGUUACUAUUUUUAUACACUGAUUUGUACUUCAAUCGGCUGCUCUUGCACAAAAAGGGAACACUACUUUCCCUGCUAAAUGAAUGAGACAUCUUCGGUUCUUUUGUGGUCGACUGGAGUUGUGAACAGCACAUCAACAUCCUACUCAAGUAGAAGUACUGUUAUCUGAAAGCACAGGUCAGAUCACUUGGGUUGCAGAUUACACAAAAGUACAAACGUAGUGGGUUAUAUUCUUCCAUGUGAUCAACCAGCUAAUCUCUGUGCAAUGUGAAUCUUUUCUGUAAAAUAUCCAAAAGUACAUUUCAACACGUUGUUCAAGAUCAGCCCAAGUGAAAGUUGUGGUGUUAGUAGUGUUAUAAAAGCACAUGAACGUGAUAUGAAAGACUGAUUCUGUGCAGAAAAGGCGCUGAACCGUCUAAAAGAUCAAAAUCACACUCAUGCUGUUUUGUUUUUCUAUCAUUCCAUCACACUGUGGCUUCGGUAUUCAAAAUGUUAACAUUCGCUGAUGUUUAAAGUGAUUGCUGUAUAAAGUCAGUUCUAAGUUCAAAGUCAGUUCUAGGAAAGAGAUGCUUUAAAGAAUGUAGUGAAGAUUACAUCUAAUCAUUACAGAUGUAGGCGUGACAUGAUGUUCAUACAUGGACAAUCUUUUACGUGGCUUUACCUGCAGAGCGGUGCAUGUUUACGCAAGUGUGUAUGCCUAAACUUUUUCAUCUGCAUUGUAAAUAAAUCUCCAUUUGAUACAAAGUUGAAA